CCCUCACACUCCCUCACACUCCCUCUGCACUUUGCUGGUCCUGGCUCGGCUUUGUCUCCUCCAUCUCCAUCUCCAUCUCCAUCCCCGUCCACAUAUCGCAGAACACACAUACCCGCGCGCUGGAUUUCCUCCUCUCCACCUCCGUCCUUACCGCAAAUUCUGAGUUUUACUCCCCAUCUUCCCGCCUCCCCACUCACUCGGACACACACAGAUCGGCGACACCGACAGCAACAACAACAACAACAACAACAGCAACAAGGAAGGUAUUGAUCGCAAGAUAGAUCGGAAGAGCGAAGUAGCGAUGGAUCCCUCACUGCAGCAGGAUUCCUCGACCCAGCCGGUCCACCUUGCCGACCUGACCUCGACUGGAUCUGGCUAUCAACAGCAGCAACAACAACAAUUUCAACAUCCUCCUAAACAGGUUUCAAAUACCCUUGGUAGUGGCAACAAGCUCCAGCCUGAUGAUUUAAACGAAAAGUUUCUUGACUUGAAUGACGACAGACAUUCGGUCCACGGACAGCAGCAGCUACAGCCACAGCAACUCGCACCACAACAGCAGCAGUAUGAAGACCAUUUAUCUCCAAAGCUCGAGAAGGACUCUGUCGAUCACGAAAAGAGUGCCGCAGAGCCGCCUUCUGCCGCCCAGACUCCAGCCAGGAACUUCAAACUCGCCAGCCUGGUCGAUCGUGUCCGUCUUGCUCAGCAGCAGGGACAGGAGCACCAGCAGCCUGCAUCACCAACAGAAACUGGUUAUCAUCUCAAUAAUCGACCUCACCUAUCCCCAUCUCAUCCCUCUGAUCCGACUCAGCACCCCUCCGAGAAAGCCGCUGUAGAUCGACUUCGCCAGUCCAGGCCAGAGGGCUCUACCCCGACAAGGCCCUCCUCCAGCAUCCGUAAUGGGGUCGGUGAUCUUGAGCACGGUCAGCCACAUGACCAUCAUACUCAUCAUCGUAAUGAUGUUACUGGAGACGCACCGCAUCCUCAUCUGUUCCCAAAGAUCUUUAACAAGGAGAAUGUUCGCAACGCACUAUUCCUGAAUAGCGCUACUACUGCGUUCGCAAAGUCAAACCGUUCCAAGAGCUUGGGAAAUGUGGAUAUCCCGGUGGCAUCCUUGGCGGUGACAGGGUUGGCUGUUCCUGCGCUCUGGCUACGAAGAGAUGACAAGGGUCGCCGUUCACCUCCUGUGAUCUUCCAGAUGCUGAAGCUUGCUGUUGCCGAUUCCGAAAUCAACCUCAACUUCAGCAAGCAAAUCCUCUUCCGCGUGGAACUGCAAUACGGCGAUGUCAAAUGGGUCAUUCGCAGGACGAUGUACGAUUUUUACAAGUUGCAUCUCAGCCUUGCAACAAAGCGGUUCGACAACCUGCCAAAGUUUCCUGGUCAUCUCUCAGACGCCUUCGCGAUGGUGAAAGCAAGUUUUGGCAUGAAGACUGAGGAAAGGACAAAUUACCUUCGACGGACAAACCUCGCCCGUCGCCAGGCUUUCCAGAACUACCUCCUCCAGGUGCUGCAACAACUCUGCUGGACGAUUGCAUACGACUUGUACGAGUUCCUGGAGAUUUCAGCCAUGUCAAUUACCAAGGAUAUGGGUUGGAAAGGCAAGGAGGCGUAUGUGGAUACCAAAAUUACUGACAGCACCAACGCCAUUUGUGGCUGCAACGGAUACUCACCAUGGAGAAAGAACUGGGCCCUGCUCCGAGAUUCUUAUCUGGCGUUCUGCUCUAAUAUCGGAUCGAACGAACCCACGGAGGUGUUCAUCUUUGACCAAACGUUCUUCGUCCAGCACAAAGAGCAACAUAUGGGGCUGAAUAUGCAUCAUAUUGAGGUCGGAAAUCGCCACCGCAGGAUCGAGAUCAAAGGAGACCACAAUCGUGAGAUGCGCGAAUGGAUGGACCAUUUUAAUAUGAUGAAGCAGUCCAGCCCAUGGGUAACCUCGCAUCGAUUUGGCAGCUUUGCGCCGCAACGAGAGGAUGUCAAGGUCCGGUACUAUGUGGACGGCAAGAACUAUUUCCAUGCGAUCUCGGAUGCCAUCCUUGCCGCCAAGAAUGAGAUCUACAUCUGCGACUGGUGGCUAUCUCCGGAACUGUACCUUCGACGUCCUCCAGAGAAGAAUGAAGAAUUCAGACUGGACCGACUCUUAAAGAGAAAAGCCAUGGAGGGAGUCAUGAUAUAUAUUGUCGUCUACAAGGAGAUCUCACUCGCCUUGACCCUCGACUCUGCUCAUACCAAGAUCUGGCUGCAGAAUCUCCACCCCAAUAUUCAGGUCCAGCGUCAUCCAGAUCACCUUGGUGUUAAGACGACCCAAUUCUGGGCCCACCACGAGAAAAUCUGUGUGAUUGAUUGUCGACUUGCAUUCAUCGGAGGUCUGGACAUGUGCUUUGGACGAUAUGAUAGCAGGACACAUCAAUUGUCGGAUUAUCAUCCUUCAGGCAAAGGAACCAUUUGGCCUGGUCAGGACUACUCCAACCCACGCAUUAAGGACUUUGUCAAUGUCAAGGAUUACAACAGCGAUCUAAUCGAGAAGAAGCUGCUGGCACGUAUGCCCUGGCACGAUGUCUCACUUGGAGUGGUGGGUCAACCCGCACGCGACAUUGCACGUCAUUUUGUCCAGCGCUGGAACCUUGUAAAACGUGAAAAGGGCAUGAAAAAGACACACAUGAAAUUCCUGACGCCCAAGGGAGAGUUUGUGAGUACUCGCAAUGAAUCCGGCUGGACUGGUACGCAGAAGGUCCAGAUUCUGCGAAGCAGCACUAUUUGGUCUCAGGGUGUGGAUUUGGAGCAAUCUAUCCAAGCUGCGUACUUGGCCUGUAUCCAGAGCGCGGAGCAUUUCAUUUACAUCGAGAACCAAUUCUUUGUUACACUGGCUACGGAAAACGGCAAUCCGGAUAUCAAGAACAAGAUUGGUAUCGCCCUUGUGGAACGUAUUUUGAAAGCGCAUAGCGAGGGCAAGAAAUUCCGUGUGAUUGUGAUCAUGCCCCUGAUGCCCGCCUUUGAAGCCGAUAUCAUGUCGAGCGAGGCAGGCACGCUACGAAAGGUUAUGCAUUUUCAAUACGUGUCCAUUUGUCGUGGCGGAAACUCUGUCUUGGAGCGCCUGAUCGCCAGUGGCGUAGAUCCGGAUCAGUACAUCGGCUUCUUUGGUCUUCGCAGUUUCGACCGUAUCAAGCACGGAAAAUUCGAUGCCAUCGUAGAAGCGGUCAAAGAGGCUGAGCAGCAACAGAGGGAUAAACAAAGAGGUCAAGCGGAUUCUGGACAGCAAGGAAGAGCUCAGGGCCAGGGUGACUCUAAUCAAGAUACCAAAUCGCUCCCCAGCAGGGGUAAUAACAAGUCCCUGGCAUCCAAAUACUUGCUGGAGCCCAUUCCAAAGGGCGAGGCGGCGGCGAGAAUUAAGGCCGUUGCCGAUGAUCGCAAGGGGUUGGAUAUGCUCAAGACCUGGGAUGAGAGUAUCACCAAGAGGGCCAUGAACCAGGCGAUCAUGGAGCAUGGGUAUGUUCCAGCGGCGACCGAUAAUUCGUUGGCUGAUGAGCGACUGAACACUGAGAUCCAGCGCGAUACCAGGCAAGCUGAAAAAACUGAGGCAGCCAACCAACCUUACAGAAAAUCCGGGCGAACUAGCCCUGAGUUAAAGGAUGGAUUUGGAACGAGGAUGCGCGAUAAGCUAGAGAGGAAGAAGGGCGAUAAGGAUAGAGGAGAUGUGGAGCCGCGACAUCACAGAAUGGCCAGGAAGUCGCGCCUCCAGCGUCUCCGUCACCCACUGCACCAUGACUCAGACGAAGAUAGUGAUGACUCUGUUCAGGAGGAGGACAUUGCGGAGACUCGUGGAUAUGAGACGGAUAUUUCGCCAGAGGUCCGCUCGACCAGGGACUCGGAGUCGAUAGUCGAGCCAAUUCCUGGAGCGUCGGCCGCUGCUGCUAAUCAGGAAGGAAUGGCGCGUCCUCAAGGGCCGACUGGCCCAGAUUCAGAAGAGGUAGCGGAUCCUAUGGAGCACCCAACGGCGGACAUACCUGCUCCGGUUCAUGUCGAGGAGCCGACUGUAGACAACGAAGUCGAUGAUUUCGUGACAGAGCAACUGUAUAUUCACAGCAAACUGAUGAUCAUCGACGAUCGCAUUAUUAUCUGUGGAUCAGCCAAUAUCAAUGAUCGCUCCCAGGUCGGAUUUCGCGAUUCAGAGAUUGCUAUCAUCAUUGAAGAUACUGAAAUGGUUCCCUCGCGCAUGAACGGUGAGCCAUACCAAGCUGGAAAGCUAGCACAUACCCUCCGUGCGGACUUGUUCAAGGAGCACCUCGGAUUGCUGCCACAUGUGGAGCACGAUGUGGUGACCGAGGCUAGUGUUCUGCCUGUCGAUCUGGAUUCACCCUCCAAGGACCCAGAACAGACCCGCCAGGAAUUGAUCCGCAAGGCGAAUGAAGAACAACAAGCACAGCAGGAGCAACGGUCACAGCUUCACCCGACGCAGGCUAUUGACAGCGAGAUCGUGUCCCUGGAAGAGAACACUAUCCACCGUGAGCAUGGAUAUGGACAUGGUCACGGACUGGAUCAUGGACAUGGCCCUGAAGGAGGCCAAGAUCAAGGCCAGCGCCGUCACCAUCGGUUUAACGACCGCCGCGGUCGCGUGCAGGUCUACAUGCCGAACGAGGAAGAGACUCAAGCUACUGACCAGUGGCGCUCACCCCAUUCCACAGGACAAGCCAAGAAGCGGGCCGCGGAUGAUCCCGAGGCCGCGCACCAGAUUGUGACGGAUCCACUCCACGAUGACUUUUACGAGGGUUGGUGGAAGCGUGUGGCGAAGACGAAUACGGAGAUCUUUAGGGAGGUGUUCAGAUGUGUGCCGGACAAUACUGUCGAGACCUGGGACGACUAUCGUGACUUUGUGCCGAACCCGAAGAAAGUGUUGAUUGGACAUGUGGCGAUGGAGGGAGCAACGGUUGAGGACGUGACGGAGCGGUUGCAGAAGGUGACGGGACACUUGGUCGAGUUCCCGAUCAAUUUCUUGAACAAGGAGAAUCUUAUGGGAGGAGCCGUUGAGGGUGUUGUGGUGCCUAUGGAGAUCUUUACAUAGGGGACCGACAAUGAUGGAAGGCGGGCGUUCUAUCUGGAGAAGGACUCUAUGGUUUUUCAUUAUGUAUGUCUAUAUAC